AGGUGAAUCACCAGCGGCUACCACUGUCCUUCCUUGGGGUCGCAAAGUCCUACUUGAUACAGGUACUUCACCUGGAUGGAUGAGCCAGCUUAACUGUGCUACAAGUCAGAUCAGGUUGGCUUCAGACUCACAGAGAUCUGCCUGCCUCUCUUCCCCAAGUGCUGGGAUUAGAAGUGUGCACCAACACCACUGGCCCAGAUUGACAAGUAUUGAUUCACUGAAUGAUGCAGCCCUUCCAAAUGUUUGACCCAGUUCAUAUGAGCCCAUAGAAACUGCUGUGUCCUCUGCAGAACAUGUCUAACAGUCACACUACUCAGGAGACUCUGGAGAUAAUGAAAGAAUCAGAAAAAAAACUGGUGGAAGAAUCUGUAAGCAAAAACAAAUUUAUAACUAAAACUCCAAGUAAGGAAGAAGUUGAGAGAGAGGGUGAAGAUACUGGUCUGCGCCAGGAGACGCAGAGGCGGACAUCCAGCCAUGGUCAUGCCAGGAAAAGAGCCAAGUCUAAUUCCAAGCUCAAGUUGGUACGCAGUCUGGCAGUGUGUGAGGAAUCCUCCACUCCAUUUGCUGAUGGGCCACUAGAUGCCCAGGAUAUUAUCCAUUUGCACAUCAGCUGUCCAUCGGACAAGGAGGAAGAAAAGUCCACAAAAGAUGUCUCUGAGAAGGAAGAUAAGGACAAAAGCAAAGAAAAGGUCCCAAGGAAGAUGCUGUCCAGAGACUCCAGCCAAGAAUAUACUGACUCCACUGGAAUAGAUCUACAUGAAUUUCUUGUAAAUACACUGAAAAAGAACCCAAGGGACAGAAUGAUGCUGCUAAAAUUAGAACAGGAGAUUCUGGAGUUUAUCAAUGACAACAAUAACCAGUUCAAGAAGUUCCCUCAGAUGACCUCCUAUCACCGGAUGCUAUUACACCGGGUGGCUGCCUAUUUUGGGAUGGACCAUAAUGUUGAUCAAACUGGGAAAGCUGUCAUCAUCAACAAAACCAGCAACACGAGAAUCCCUGAGCAGAGGUUCUCAGAACACAUAAAAGAUGAGAAGAACACAGAAUUUCAACAGAGGUUCAUUCUGAAGAGAGAUGACGCCAGUGUGGACCGAGAUGAUAACCAGAUCAGAGUUCCAUUGCAGGAUGGAAGGAGGAGCAAGUCAAUAGAAGAGAGAGAGGAGGAAUAUCAAAGGGUCCGAGAGAGAAUAUUUGCCCGAGAGACUGGCCAGAACGGAUAUCUAAGUGAUAUCAGACUCUCCAAAGAAGCCUUUUCUUCUAGCUCUCACAAGAGAAGGCAGAUUUUUAGGGGGAACCGUGAAGGGCUGAGCCGCACCUCAAGCAGCCGACAGAGUAGCACAGACAGCGAACUCAAAUCUCUGGAGCCACGACCUUGGAGCAGCACAGACUCAGAUGGCUCUGUCCGGAGUAUGCGACCCCCUGUCACCAAAGCCAGCAGCUUCAGUGGGAUCUCCAUCCUUACCCGAGGUGACAGCAGUAAAGGUGGCAGUGCAGGCAGGAUCUCUAGGCCAGGUAUGGCACUAGGUGCCCCAGAAGUGUGCAACCAGGCCACCUCACCCCAGUCUGUCCGGGGCCUUCUCCCUUGUCCUGCCCAGCAGCAACAACAGCAGCAACAGCAGCAACAGCAGCAGCAACUUCCUGCUCUCCCACCCACUCCUCAGCAACAGCCUCCCCUGAAUAAUCACAUGAUUUCACAGCCAGUCCCGGCCCUGCAGCCCUCUCCGCAGCCUGUUCAGUUCUCUCCAAGCUCCUGUCCCCAAGUCCUUCUGCCAGUCUCUCCGCCCCAGCAGUACAACAUGGCAGAUGACCUCAGCAACCCAUUUGGACAAAUGAGCCUUAGCCGCCAAGGUUCUACUGAAGCAGCUGACCCGUCCUCAGCUCUGUUCCAGCCCCCGCUUAUUUCCCAACAUCCUCAGCAAGCUAGCUUCAUCAUGGCUUCUGCAGGGCAGCCCCUCCCUAGUUCUAACUACUCCACCUCUAGCCAUGCACCACCUACUCAGCAAGUCCUGCCACCCCAAGGCUACAUGCAACCCCCACAGCAGAUCCAGGUUUCUUACUACCCCCCUGGACAGUAUCCUAAUUCCAACCAGCAAUAUCGACCUCUCUCUCACCCGGUGGCCUAUAGCCCCCAGCGUGGUCAACAGCUGCCUCAGCCAUCCCAGCAGCCUGGUUUACAGCCCAUGAUGCCUAACCAGCAGCAGACGGCUUACCAAGGCAUGCUUGGGGUUCAGCAGCCUCAGAACCAGGGCCUACUCAGCAACCAGAGAAGCAGCAUGGGAGGCCAGAUGCAAGGCCUUGUGGUUCAGUACACUCCACUGCCUUCCUACCAAGUCCCAGUGGGCAGUGACUCACAAAAUGUGGUCCAGCCACCUUUCCAGCAGCCCAUGCUGGUCCCUGCCAGCCAGUCUGUGCAAGGAGGCCUCCCAGCAGGGGGUGUGCCCGUAUACUACAGCAUGAUCCCAGCAGCUCAGCAGAAUGGUACCAGCCCUUCUGUGGGGUUUCUACAGCCUCCUGGCUCUGAGCAGUACCAGAUGCCUCAGUCGCCCUCUCCCUGCAGCCCACCACAGAUGCCACAGCAGUACUCAGGAGUGUCACCUUCUGGACCAGGUGUGGUGGUCAUGCAACUGAAUGUCCCUAAUGGACCCCAGACCCCCCAGAAUCCAUCUAUGGUCCAGUGGAGUCACUGCAAAUAUUACAAUGUGGACCAGCGAGGUCAGAAGCCUGGGGACCUGUAUAGUCCUGAAGGUAAUCCCCAGGCCAACGCACAAUUGGGCAACAGCCCCGUCACAUCUCCUACCCAGUCUCCAGCACCCUCUCCUGUCACCAGCCUCAGCAACGUCUGCACUGGACUCGGUCCCCUGCCUGUCCUCACGCCAUUCCCCCGGCCUGGGGGUCCUGCACAGGGUGAUGGGCGCUAUUCCCUUUUGGGUCAGCCAUUACAAUACAAUCUGUCCAUCUGCCCUCCCUUGCUCCAUGGCCAGUCAACUUACACGGUGCACCAGGGACAGAGCGGGCUGAAGCACGGAAACCGAAGCAAGAGGCAAGCGCUCAAGUCUGCCUCCACUGACCUGGGCACAGCAGAUGUUGUGCUGGGAAGGGUGCUGGAGGUGACGGACCUCCCUGAAGGAAUCACCCGUACGGAGGCAGACAAACUCUUCACCCAGCUUGCCAUGUCUGGCGCCAAGAUCCAGUGGCUUAAGGAUGCUCAGGGGCUGCCUGGUGCAGGUGGGGGGGACAACAGCGGGACUGCAGAGAAUGGCCGCCACUCGGACCUCGCUGCCUUGUACACUAUAGUGGCUGUAUUUCCCAGCCCGCUGGCCGCCCAGAAUGCCUCCCUUCGCCUCAACAACUCUGUGAGUCGCUUCAAGCUUCGAGUGGCCAAAAAGAACUAUGACCUGAGGAUCCUGGAGCGAGCUAGCUCCCAAUAAAUGGAAGACGGGAGGGACUGGCACGGUAGGAGUGGGGGCCAAGCAGAGGGAGCCCAGGCAGACUGACUGGGCCAGAGUCUGCCACCUUACGGCUGAAGAGAGAAGCAGACAGAUUCUCACACCGGCAUGGGACUCCUUUCCACUUCCUUGCCAUGGGUCCCUCUUUUCCCUGUUGGUCCCUUCUGUUUUCCUCUCCUUCCCAUCCUCUGCUACCAUUUUUUUUUUAUCUCUUCUCCCACCAUGGAAUUGAUUUCUUCCAUAUUUUUUGGUCAAGUAGAAUUGAGAGGGUCCCAUACUCCCCUCUUCUCCGUUUCCUCACCGUCCCAGUCCCCUUUCCUCUCUGGUCUUCAUGAAUAUAUUUAUAUGGACAGAAUUAAGAAAAGUACAUUGAUUUUCCCAUUCUCUCACUUCCCCCAUCUUGUCUCCCCAAAACCCACAGAGUUAAAACUUGGGACCCCCACCCCCAGAACACUGUAUAUUGUUUGUCUGAGGUUUGUGCCACCGUAACAGACACAGUAUUCAAUUGCACAUACAGGUGUUUGCUGGGUGUGUUCACUGCACAUUUUAUUUAAUCUGAUUUUUGUUUGUUUGGGGAGUUGCUGGGGAGGGAGGUUGGUUUUGUUUAUAAAUAUAAAAAAAAAGCAAAAACCUGUCACUGGGCAUCA